AUGACAAACGGCACAGAGCGCCCGAUAGCGUUUGCAUCGAGAUCCCUGUCGAAGGCGGAGCGCAACUACGCACAGAUAGAUAAAGAAGCACUGGCUACAGUGUGGGGAGUCAAAAAAUUCCACAAUUACCUUUUCGGUAGGAACUUUACCUUACUGACUGAUCAUGAGCCUCUCAUUUCAAUCUUUCAUCCCAGCAAAAGCCUUCCUGUUGUCACUGCUGCUAGAUUACAACGCUACGCUUUGUUCUUGGCGGGUUUUGACUAUACAAUUAGAUACAAGAACACUAAGUUACACGGGAAUGCGGAUGGUUUGUCUCGAUUACCCUUGCAUAGUGAGACAACAGAAGAAGAGCCAGAUCCAGUGGGCCUCCUCUAUGCCACGCAGUUUGAGCCUUUGCCAGUCACAGCAGAACAGGUCAAACGAGAAACACAGAGAGAUCCUCUAUUGGUGAAGGUCCAUGAGUUGGUUAUGAAAGGAUGGUCCACUCCACAAGAUGAAGCGAUUAAACCGUUUUACCAGCGGAAAGAAGAACUGACAGUUCACUGUGGUGUCCUAAUGCUUGGACACAGAGCAGUCAUUCCUGCAAAGUUGCGUAAUCAAGUGUUAACCGAACUUCACGAAGGUCACCUCGGUAUUGUUAAAAUGAAGUCUCUGGCGCGAAGUUACAUCUGGUGGCCCCAAAUUGAUAAGGACAUUGAGCACCUAGCCAAGAGCUACCCUGGUUGUCAACUUCAACAGAAUGAAGCCGGCAAAGUACCACUACACCCUUGGGAAUGGCCAACCACACCUUGGCAGAGAAUCCAUUUAGAUUUUGCUGGGCCGUUCCUAGGACGAAUGUUCCUUAUCAUUGUAGUAGAUGCACACUCGAAGUGGCCUGAAGUGGAAAUAAUGCCAUCCACCACAUCGACCCAGACCAUCGACCGACUCCGAACUAUUUUUGCCCGAUAUGGAGUGCCAGCACAGGUGGUGACCGACAAUGGGCCACAAUUUACAUCCGCAGAGUUCCAACUAUUUUUGAAGACUAAUGGUAUCAAGCAUAUUACCACGGCCCCAUUCCACCCUGCAACCAACAGUCAAGCGGAACGUUUUGUUCAGAGUUUCAAACAUGCUAUGAAAUGCGAGAAACAAAGUGCAUCCCAGCUGAAAACCAAUAUGGCAAAGUUCCUUUUGGCUUACCGGAAUACCCCGCAUUCGACGACUGGAGAAUCACCGUCCGUGUUGUUUUUGGGCAGACCGUUACGGACUCGCCUCGAUUUGGUGAAACCUGAUUUACAAAGGAAAGUGAUGAACAGGCAAAUCGAUCAAGCGGGGAGGAAAGGACAUUCCCCCACACGUCAGUUAUCCAUUGAUCAGACUGUCAUGGCACGUAACUACAGUGGGAAAGACAAGUGGCUACCAGGCAUAGUUCGAGCUCAAACGGGACCCCUUUCGUACGAGAUAAAAGUUGGUCCAAAUCGAAUUUGGCGACGUCACAUCGACCAGCUUCGAGCCUCGAGUGUGAAAGUAAAUGACCAGAGUGAUGAUACGGCUGAUCCUCAUCCAGAGCUCGGAGAGACUGGCCAGAAUAUUGCACCAGCAGAAGAAAUUGUCGCAGAGCCAGAUAUCGAACUAGCCACGAAUCCACCAGUAGUGCAACAACAAGAAGCCGGUAGGGCUACAACAGGAUCUGAACAACGCUACCCAACUAGAUCACACCAACCACCCGAGAAGUGGGGUCUUAACUGUUUGAUCCGAAAACUGUUUAAGAAAAUUACAUAG